AUGGCAACUGGGGAUAGCAACUCAGAUCAAGACCAAUACGUCAAUCUCGACCCAAGUCGGCUGGAAGCAGGACUAUACGACAGCAACGAUACUUCUAACCAACGGGUCAACGACAAUCACAUUUCAAAUGGCACUGAUGACCUGCAAACGUUCGGUGCGGGAGAUCUUGGAGGCGAAGAUGGCAGGUAUCCAACCUCAGGGUCUCUUUCAGAGAACAGUGUCGCAGACGAAGCAUCCCCAGGCCAGCGACCAAAGCCUGCUUGGUCGAAGGUCAUCAGUUGGGUAAAGCAGAAGGAGCAAAAUCGACCUUUGGGAUUGGCCAACCUCAGACCAUCAACGUCCUUCUACACCAAAUUCGGGGAGGUUUCUUCGGCCAGUCAGGAGAAACCAUCGGGUGACGACCAUGUACACGAAUCCCCACAGGAGGGCAGUGAGGAUGGAGAAGCUCUAUCGCAAGUCUAUACCCAAGCUGCGGCGGAAACAGUACAUACCUUCUUGCGCCAGGAUUCGACGUACGAAAGGGGAGCAAACCUCGAUCACGAGAAACGUUCAGCUGGCCAACACGUAUAUGAUGUUGAUUACGUACCGGCCCCUGAGCAGUACAAGCCUGGUCUCUUCGGGGCACUGCUCGCUUACAAACUCAAUCAUUUACAGCAAGACUGGUCCAACAGCCAAAAACAACCAGAAAGCCGCCCAGGUGGACAGACCAAGCAUGAUUUGAAAGGUCACCAGCACUCUCAGUCACUCACGACCUCACUCCCCGCUUCUGGCACAGCGACACCUUCCAAGAAGGUCAAAUGGUACGAGAAGCCUGAACAGAGCAACCCGACCGCCGCGGCCUUGAUGCAAGCAGCUCUUUCGUCCACCGGCCCAAGCGUGGCAGGUUUGGGCGCCAUCCCACGCCCUCGGCCUGUGCGUCCCAAAUCCGCCGACAUGAUCUCUACAGCUGUCGACAUCAUCACACAUGGCAAACACGAUCAUAACCGGCACAGCGGUGCAUACAGCACAAGCACGCUAGAAAACCACGUCGGCCUCAUCACCGAGGUCGCCGAUAUCAUCGCCCGGAGGGACUAUCUGCUCAGGCUGUGUGGCGCCUUCAUGGAAUACGGCGCCCCCACCCAUCGCAUGGAAGAAUACCUCGGCGCCUCUGCCCGUGCGCUACUCAUCGAUGCCGACUUUCUCCAUAUCCCAGGUGCCAUGAUCUGCACCUUUGCCGACCGAACAAUCCACGCCAACAACGUCGACAUUGUCCGAAAGCGCGCCGGGCUUGAUUUCGCCCGUCUCAAGGACGUGUUCAACGUGUACAAAUGUGUCAUUCACGACAAACUUACCGCCGAGGACGGAAUUCGCGAGAUCGACAAUAUUCGUCGACGACCCGAUAACUACUCGGAACUAUUUCGCAUCUUGAUGUCCGGGGUGGCUUCGAUUGUGGUUGGGCCCUUUUCUUUCCAGACCCGUCCUGUCGACUUUGGACCUAUUUUCCUUCUCGGUUGCGCGAUUGGAUUUAUGCAGGUCAAGAUCGUGCCGAGGUCCGAACACUUCAGCAACGUGUUCGAGGUCUUCGCGUGCGUGUUCGCGGCCUUCAUUGCCCGCGCUCUCGGUUCGAUCCAAUACUCCGACGGACAGUACAUUUUCUGCUUCUCGGGCAUGGCGCAGAGUAGCAUUGCCAUGAUCCUCCCGGGAUUUAUGAUGCUGAAUUCCGCUCUCGAACUACAAAGCCGGAAUCUGAUCUCCGGCUCGGUACGUAUGGUUUACGUGAUUGUCUAUGUUCUGUUCCUCGCAUUUGGCCUACUCAUUGGCACCACUGUCUUCGGCCUUAUCAAGCGUGGCGCUGUUUCCACCACCACCUGCGACAUCCCACCCUGGUUCGCAGCGGAGAUGAACUGGAAGUUGAUACAUACGCGCUUUAUCUGGGCUCCGCUGUUUGCGUGCUGCGUGGGUCUCAUCUACCAGGCCAGAUGGCGGCAGUUGCCCCUGAUGGCCCUCAUUGCCGUCUGUGGCCAUCAAGCCAACUUUUGGAUCUCCACCCAGCUUUCCAGCAACCCGCAAGUUGCAAACGCCAUUGGCGCUUUCGUCAUCGGCUGUAUCUCCAAUUUGUACUCGCGCAUGUUCCACGGUCUGGCCGCAACUGCCAUGCUACCCGCCAUCUACUGUCAAGUGCCCGGUGGUCUGGCCUCUUCUGGAUCGCUGGUUGCAGGCGUCGUCUCUGCCAAUCAAAUUUCUGGGAACAGCACGGCAAGUGCUCAGAAUGGUUCGAGUAAUGACUACUCCGAUGGGACAAUCUUCACCGUCGGCUACAGCAUGGUCCAGGUUGCCAUCGGUAUUAGCGUUGGCUUGUAUCUGAGCGCGUUGGUCGUGUAUCCCUAUGGAAAGAGGAAGAGUGCAUUAGGUAGCUUUUGA